UAUCGUAAAAUAAACGUUUUUAACUUGCUCUUUAAGACGAAUUGUUUAAAAGAGCUUAUUCAUAGCAAAUGAGUCGCACUUCCCUUCACUACUUUGAACUGUGAGAUAUUUACGUUUUGUUUUUAUUUUAUUUUAACUAGAAUGAUGGACUUGUAUUUAUAUAUAUUUAUAUAUGUAUAAAUAUAUAUAUUUCUCCCUUAAAAAACAAGUUAGUUUAACGCAAUUUCCGGUCUCGAAGACGUUUCCGUGUAACUUGUAAACAAGUGGAGAGCCACGUGACAGACUGAAAGCAGGUUAGCUUCACACAGUCGAGCAUUUUCUAUUAAAACAAAUUAAUUUGUCAACACUAAUCUUUUUGUCGCUGAAUCGAUUUCUGAUGCACGUUAAUAUUAGAAACAGAUUAAGAUAAAAUAAAUAUCGCAACCAUCUUUUUUCUGAUAUCAUGACUCCUGGGGCGAAAGUCUUGCAGUAUGAGACGUUUAUCAAUGAAGUAUUGAAAAUAGACUUACAGAAAGUAUUGGAGCAAAGAGAUGCCAUGUAUGAGAAAAUAGCACAAUACCUUCAGCUAAAGAACACAAUUAAAAGUAUUCAGGAAACUGACACCAAAGAACUCAAAACUGAGGUUGACCUUGGCUGCAAUUUCUAUGUGCAGGCUCACGUACCUGAUGCAUCAAAAAUAUAUGUGGCAGUUGGGUAUGGAUUCUUUGUCGAAUUCACACAUGCAGAGGCUUUAAAGUUCAUAGAAAAGAAGACUAAUCAGCUGACAGAGUAUACUGAGGUCCUUACCAAAGAUGCAGCAAAGAUAAAGGCCAACAUUCGCAUGGUUUUGGAGGGUUUAAGGGAAUUGCAAGGUCUGAAAGAUCUUCCAGAGGACAGAAGGAGAGAGGUGUUUUAGUACAGUACACCAAACACAGCACAUUGUAAUAAAUUUGCACAUAUGACUGUAAAUGUUUGUUUCAAAAAGUGUGAACUUUAUGGCAGCCAGGUUCAGAGGAACAUUGCCUUUUAACAGGUUAUACUGUUGUUUUGAAAAGUUUGCUGAAUAAAAACAUUUUCGGUACAA